UGAUAACGUAUGAUUCUUGCACAAGUACGUAUGCAUGUGUGUACAUCUAUUUUAGCAAAUCUUUUGUUAGCCAUUUCUCUAUGCGUUUUAUUUGGAGGUUUUCGUACGGCCAGUCCCCAUCGAGACGAGGCUUGAAAAUGAUAAAUAUCUCUAGUGACCCCGAUCCUCACAGUUUUAUGUGUGCUCAUAGGAGCGGAUAAAAACCAAGCCCAAACACUUCACUCUGCCGUCUCAUGCAUUCAUAAUAGUACAUAUCUAUGUACUGACUUCGCUAUCAUGCCUCUUUGCCCCCCAUGCAAGAGGGUUCUCUCCAAUAACCUCCUGGCCAAUAUUUCAAAGGAAUUCUGCGAGAUUCACCAUGAGACCUUCCAGUCAUUCACAGAUGCCAUUCGUUCGCAGUGCGCCCUAUGCUCCUCUCUUCUUGUUCGUUGCAUCCGGGAAGGUCAUUUGACACCUCCUUACCUGAGAAAGAUUCUUAUGGGCUUGUCUACUACACCUGAUGCCAUGGAAGCUGUGAGGGAACUUCGUGAAAAUCACACUCAGAAACCUCCUAUCUCCUCACCGGAUGGGAGUUGCCAACAACCUGUCGUGAGCGAAACUGUCGGCGAGGUCGAGUGGAUCAUGGUCAACUGUAUGUCUGGUAUCAUCAGAGUUCAUCGGAGAUCCUAUGGGAGGGGUUGUUUUACCCAAGACAUUACAUUCCGCGUAGUGGUGGUAUUACUCAACUCCAAUACGCAUGAGCAAAAAAAGGAUAGGUUCGAACAUACAAUCAAAAUAUCUGGUCAGGAUAUACAAUCUUCAACCGAAUCCAUUUCGCUAGAAUCCAUCAAGGGGAAUGUGGCGGAACAAAUUGGACCUAAUCAAAGCAAAGAAGCACUCUGGAAAAACAUUCGAUUCUGUGCAGACGAAUGUGACGGGGGACACCAUCGGCGCUGCCCGCGGGUAGACAUAUUACAAAACGACAAUAUGUUUGUCCCUUCCCGCCUUGUCGAAAUUUCUACAAAUGAUUGGGAUGUGGAUUCGCCAGAUCAUAAGCUACACGCCCGUCUUGUGACCCGUGCAGAGGUAUUGGCAAAAGAUGCCUUGCCCCGAUAUGUGGCACUCAGCCACCGUUGGGGGACUCAGCAACUUGCAAAACUUACCACGGAUAAUAUCGGCGACUAUUACACAGAGAUACCCCUGACAUCGGUUUCUAAGACGUUUCAAGACAGCUUUCUCGUCACAAGGAAGCUUGGGAUAUCUUAUAUUUGGAUUGACUCGCUUUGCAUCAUUCAAGAAGGAGAUGCUGAAGACUGGAAAAGAGAAGCAAUUACUAUGUGCGAUGUGUAUACUCAUGCAUACUGCACCAUAGCGGGGCACUGGACUGAUGAGAAUCAUGGUCUGCUUGACACAAGAGACCCAACUUGGCUUACUACCGAGACCGAGGCCCUAGAUCUGAAGAGAUUUGACAGCGAAUCCGUUGAGAGAUGUCUCAUAUCUAUCAACCACCGCUUCAACCACACUGCAAAAUCCCUAGUCAUUUCUCCUCUCUCCAAACGCGGCUGGGUCUUGCAAGAGCAAGUGUUGUCCCGACGAAUUCUCCACUUCACGAUGAAGGAGGUGAUAUGGGAAUGUGCUAGUGGGUUCUUUCGUGAACCUAUGCUAGGUUCAGACUUCCAGUCUGUGAGGGAAUUAUCUACUUUUUCUAUUGAUUUAGUAGAUGAUAUAACUCAUGCCUUGAAGGAAGAUUUCGUGUAUCAUCGCCGGGAUACUACCAACUUCUUGAAAAGAUGGUAUCAACUUGUCGAAGCCUAUAGUACCCGGAAUCUCACAAAAGCUACCGACAGACUUCAUGCGAUCGCUGGAAUGGUCCAAAAGAUUGCGAUGUAUAUGCCUAACGAGAACAUCUACAUUUUGGGUCACUGGAAGGAUGAACUUUUGCUAAGCUUGACGUGGCAAGUUCUCACGAAUAAACAUACAUACGAGACCUGGUCUAGGACGGUUCCGAAUGUGCCUAGUUUCUCAUGGGCUUCUAUAUCGCCUGGUUCGGACAUUCAUUUCGCCUUGCACCAUCACCUCCGAGUUGGGUAUGAAGAGAUGGAACCGGUUGUUGGCCCUAUCCAUUUCGUUUGGGGUCAUGAAAACUCAGAAAGUAAAAGCGGCGAGGUCAAUGAAACAUUGCUCACGUGGGAUUCUGCACAACGCGUCAAGCUCAGAGUAACCGGUCAACUAUGUCCUAUCCGAUUCGUCUUCGAUACAUCUGUUGAGAAGUGUACCCUGCACAUUUCCGAGGAGAGGGCACUUCUUUACCUUGGCAAAUCUGAUCUUGCGAGUCUGAUCAGUCCUGGUCCAGACCAGAAACAACUUCUCUAUUCGCUGGAACGAUUUGGCUCGGAUCCGUUUGUUUUUUGCAGCAUCAAGUUCGAUUUUGACCCUGAACAAGACGGAAAGUUCAAUGACGAUUUCACGAAGCAACCUUUUUAUUAUGUUCCCCUUGCACAUAGUCCGCAAGAACUAUGGUUACUAUUGCUCAUCCCCGUCGAUAUUGGGCAACGAACAUUCCGUCGUGCUGGGGUAGUUUUGGCCGACCAGACCACGCACAGAGACCAAACAGAGCCUGACACUCCGAGUACUAUAACAAGGAUGUCAGAAAUUGGUAGAAAUAAUGUGUUGACCGGGAUACCUCCUUUCAUCGAGAUUGAGCAACAAAAGUUGCAUAAUGCUAGGGAAGUUUCAAAAGGCAAGACCACACCUAAAGACCUAGAGGGGCUUGACUUUCAGGGCGGUAUAAGGAGCAUCGCAAACUUGGGCAAGUCAUCAACCGGGAUAUAUCUACCUGGGGGCAACUAUGAUCCAACAACAGGAAAUCAGGAAUUUUUCAUCGUCUAGGUGGUUUCAAUAUAAGUAAACGUCACGUAGAGGUUGCGCCUCUUCGUUGCUUACCUCAGCAACAGGAGCUCCUAUAUAUACGCUCCCGUUGCUUCCAUUCCUUUAGCUAGUUCUUAGAUAGAACAAGACCUUUUCCCUUCCUUUGCUCCUCCUCCCGUUGCUCGUGAGAUAGCUCCUCGCGCGCGCUCACGCACCAGUGGAGAGCGAUACGUGUAGCUGGGCCCACGGGGCGCGCACAGGGCGGUACUGGCUUAGCCGCAUCACGCGCGUCGGCCUGGUCGGGUCUAC